UCUUCUCAGUCCCAAUGUGUGCGCAUGUAAUACACAUCCGUGUAUAAAUACCAGUCACAUGUACUCACAUUUUUCUCAUCCAGGUAACAUUCAAAUCUCAUCAACUAAAUAAACUCAAAAAGGAUGAAUCCUAUGUUUUACUUCCUUCUUGCCUUUACCACUGUUUUGGCCGCGACCGCAAACGCUGGACCAGUUCUCGACACUGAUGGUGAUAUCAUAUUCGACGGCAGUUACUACGUUCUCCCCCUCAUCUGGGGCCCUACAGGUGGCGGCCUAACUCUCGUCUCCCGUCUUGGCAACCAGUGUCCCCUCUUUAUCGGACAGGAGGGUUCAGAGGUCAACAGGGGUAUUCCCGUGAAAUUCUCAAACUGGAAGUCCAGAGUUGGGUUCGUCCCCGAAGAAGAGAACCUCAACAUCAAGAUGGAUGUCGAACCUACGAUCUGCGCUCAGUCAGCUUAUUGGUGGGUCACUCCAGCCCCCAGUCCCUGGAGGUCGUUGUUCAUAGCGGCUGGUCCUAAGCCAGAAGCUGGAGGAGAAGAUUCUUCGAGGAGUUUCUUCCAGAUCAAGAAAACUCAAGCCAAACUUAACGCUUACAAGUUUGUGUAUUGUAGUGACGGUAACGACUGCAUCGAUGUCGGUACAAACGUGGAAGGUGGCGUUCGGGGUUUGGUUAUAGGCUCUACCCCUCCAUUCGGUUACCCAUUCGAGGUUGUGUUCGUGAAAGCUACUGAGAAAGAGACUUCAUCCAAGACUAUGUCUAUUAUCUGAGAGAAAUUAAGGACCACUUAAUAAAGGGGAUAAGAGUUAUAACUUACGUCUAAGAAUAAAACUCUAUCUAUGUAUGAUGUUUUCUUUGUUCAUCGAUCAUCAUCAUGUAUGGAAUAAAACAUCUUUCCUUUCCUUUG